AUGGACCAGUCCCCCAAGGCUGCGGACGCCUCGGCUCGGCCUCAGCGGCCGUCCGUGCAUACCGGCAGCUUCCUCGGGGUGCAGGACCCCGCCGUCAGGGCCCACCCUGGAGGCGGCCUGAGCCCCAGCUCCGGCCUCGACCUUCGCCGCCCGAGCAGGGUGUUCCCCACAGGGUUCUCGGGAGGGCCCCACGGGGGGCCUCCCGAGCACCCCCCAGGCGGGGAACCCCAAGCCAAGGAGGAGGCCGGCCGCGAAGGGCUCCACGCCAAGCUGCCGUCCAGAGAACGGCCCGCCAUCAGCCAGGCCGCCAUCAGCCAGGCCUUCCUGCCGAAGGCCCACCCCAGCAUCACGCCCUCGGCCAUGCGCUUCAGAGAUUCCCUCCAAAGCGCCGGCCCGUCCCGCGUGACCAUCCUGUCCCGCUCCUCCCGGGGCUCCAGCAAAGUCCACCCCCAGUUCACCACCAAGGAAUCAGAAACCUGGCAGGACGAGGAGAAGACUCACAAGCGCAAAUUGGGCAGGAUCCCACGGAUCCACAAGAAGAUUCACGCUGGGAGUCUCGUCCAACAGAUAUUGGAUAAAAUAUGCGCUAUCCUGGGGACCCUGCGGAUUAUGACGCGGUCAUUGACCUACUCCCUGGGCUUUGAAACAAUCAUCUUCCUUUUUGUCUGCCUUAACACCAUCAUGCUGGUAGCUCAGACCUUUGCUGAACUUGAGAUCCGGGGUGAGUGGUACUUUUUGGUCUUCGACAGUAUUUUCCUCUGCAUCUACGUCUUAGAAGCCCUGCUCAAGAUCAUUGCCCUGGGCCUGGAGUAUUUCAUUGAUCCCUGGAACAAUCUGGACUUCUUCAUCAUGAUCAUGGCAGUGCUGGAAUUCGUGUUUAUACAGAUCAAUUCCCUCACCUACUCCUUCUACAACCACAGCAUCUUCCGGAUCCUCAAGGUCUUCAAAAGCCUGCGGGCUCUGCGGGCCCUCCGGGUCUUAAGGAGACUCAGCAUCCUGACCAGUCUCCACGAAGUGACAGGGACCCUGGCCCGAACCUUGCCAUCGAUCACCGCCAUCCUAAUCCUCAUGUUUACCUGCCUCUUCCUCUUCUCUGUGGUUCUCCGGGCUCUGUUCCGCCAUUCGGACCCCAAGCGUUUCCAGAGCAUCUUAACCACUAUCUUCACCCUCUUCACCCUGCUCACCCUGGAUGACUGGUCCCUCAUCUAUUUGGAUAGUCGGGCCCAGGGUGCCUGGUACAUCAUCCCCAUUCUCAUGAUCUACAUCAUCAUCCAGUACUUCAUCUUCCUCAACCUGGUGAUUGCGGUCCUAGUGGAUAACUUCCAGAUGGCUCUACUCAGAAACUUAGAGAAAGUGAAGCAGGAGAAAGCUGCCCAGAUCCAUGAGAAGCUGCUGGACGACUCCCUGACAGAGCUUAAACAAGCAGAAAAUGAAGAAAUCAAGAAUUCAAUUGCCUUGGGAAAGGAGUUCAUUGAGAGAAAGUUCGGGACCAUGACAGAGAAGCAGCAGGAGCUCCAGUUCCAGUUCCUGCAGCUGGUGGCUGCGGUGGAGCAGCAUCAGCAGAAGUUCCGUUCCCAGGCGUCUGUCAUAGAUGAGAUUGUCGACAUUGCCUUUGAGGCUGGAGAAGAGGACUUCACUCAGUGA